AUGUACAAGGAAUUGAGAGGUGAAAGAACUAGUGAACCUUGGAGCCAUAUACUGAUUGAUAACUAUGCCAGACCAAGAUCACAAUUUAUUCUUUGGUUGGCUCUCAUGGGCAGACUGUCAACAAAUGACAGAUUAUAUAGGUUUGGUAUAAUAACUGAUGAGAAAUAUCCUUUCUGUGAUCAAAAGGAAUCUUUAGAUCAUCUUCUAUUUGACUGCAACACUACGGGUAGGAUUUGGGAAGAUGUUCUGGUGUGGGUUGGUUAUAGAAGGCAAGCUAAACCUUGGCAAGAGGAUCAAGCUUGGAUUUUGCAAGAAGUUAAGAAGAAAGGAUGGAGAAGGAGAGUCCUUAAAAUGGGCUUGGAAGAAACAGUCUAUGAAGUGUGA